AUGCAAGAUUCAGUCGUGAUAGAUAGUUUGAAGAAACUUCAGAACAAAGGAUCGGAUUUAUCUGACGAAUUUAACUCUAAAUUAUCGGAGUUAUACAAGUGGUAUAAUGACCAAUUGAACCUAAUUUCCGAUGAUAUGUUACACAUUUUAAAUAAUCCUCAAACAUCAUGUAAAACUCUGGUAAAUAAUGAGGAAACUGUGGUUGUUUCUGAUAAUGGUCGAGAAUUAAGGUCUAGAGAGCCCACAAACGAGUUUGAGCUCAGCCUUGAGAAACUAAACUUGGAUGAUAAAGUUAUAAAUAUUGAUAAUCCUGAACAUGCUACCAGAAGUUGGCCGAAAUUCUGGCUACAUGCUUUGCUCGGCUCCAAAUCAACGCGUUUUUGGAUCUGUGAGAAGGAUUUUGACAUUUUGCAAUACUUAAACGAUAUCAGGGUUGAGGUUUUCGACUCGAACGAAAAGGUUGAGUCCUUUGAAAUUUCAUUCUAUUUCAACGAAAACCCUUACUUCUCAAACUCAAAGCUGUGGAGGAGCUUUGAAUUUGACAACAACUACAUCACCUCAGAAUCCAGUGAGAUUUAUUGGACUUCAGAAGUCAUUGAUGACACGUAUUUUGGAUUCUUUAGCUUUUUUAACACACUGAUUGAAUAUGAGGACUUGAAGUUUGCAAUUUGUAUAAAGGACAAGAUAAGGAGGAAUCCACUCAAGUACGUCCUGAGGUAUCAGGCACAAUUGACUGAUGGUGAGGAACAAGAGUCCGAUUCAGAAGAUGAAGAAUAUAGUAGUACCAAGACAGGAUCGAGAUAUCCAUUCUCCUGGCUGUUUAACAAAUAA